CUUUUAUUUUGAAAAUGUGUUUUGACAAUCUUCGGGCUUACACUUUAACUCUUAAAAAAGAGGGAAACGAACGCUUACCGAACACAAAAACAUGUUUUUUAAUGCCUGAACUGAAGUCAAAUGGCAGCUGUGGGGACAUGGUCUUUCUCUCGUCCUGCAGUGGAGAGAAUGAGAUGCAUGCUGCUAGCUGGACAAAAUGCUACAGAUGUGGUAGAAACAGCAAUUGCAGAGGUUGAAGAUGAUGUAGACACGGGACGGCACAUUGUUGGCAGAGGAGGGUAUCCAAAUUCCAAGGGAGUGGUUGAAUGUGAUGCUGCAAUUAUGGAAGGUGUGCCAGGGAGAUUUGGGGCAGUGGCUGCACUUCGAGGAAUUGCACAGCCAUGCCGUGUAGCUCGCAAAGUAAUGGAGAAGAGUCCUCACAGUUUGCUUGUUGGAGAUGGAGCAGAAGCAUUUGCUCAGGAAUUGGGUUUUACAUCUGAACCCAAUGCCAAUAUGCUUUCCGACCAUUCAGCUACUGCUUACCGGGAGUACCUUGAAAAAAAUAAACUGGUCAGAGGUGGGCAUGAUACAAUAGGUCUUAUAGCUCUUGAUCUAAGUGGUAACAUAACAGUAGGAGUUUCCACAUCAGGAGCUCCCUUCAAAGCACCAGGGCGGGUGGGAGAUUCUCCACUUCCAGGCUGUGGGCUAUACGCUGACCAUAAAGUGGGUGCUGCAGCAGCUACAGGUGAUGGAGACAAAAUCAUGUGUUACUGCCCAAGCUUUCAUGUUGUGCAGCUGAUGAGACAAGGCUCAUCUCCUAAUGAAGCCUGUCAGGCUGUACUUGCCGACAUACAGAGGAGAAUAGGUGGCGAUAAAUGCUUUGAACUUGGGCUUAUUUCUUUGAAUAUGAAGGGAGAGGUGGGAGCUGCAUCUUCAGUGGAGUUUCCAUACACUUUCUGGAACCAAGGGUUGAGCUCGGUGGAGGAGCUAGUCAUUAACCAAUAGAAAUCCAUAAAUGUUUAAUUUCUACUCAAUAAGUAUGUGGCUGGUCAUAAAACGUCAUUUAUUUUAACAUUUGUGAUAACAUUUCAUUUCUUUGUAUGAAAACCGCUGCUCAUUAUUUUCGUAAUCAAUAAAAAAUGUACCUGGUG